ACGUAACACACCUUCUUUCCCCUCCUGCUUUCCUUCCCCUUCUCUCCCGCCUUCACCUUAUUCAUACUAGAAGCGCCUCAGCUCUGAUUGGCUGGAGCUCUGUGCUAUCUCAGCCAAUCACAAGCCGGGCUGUGCUCCUACGCUAUCUAAAGAGCGAAUCGUGCAGAGACCGUGUCUACGAUUGGUCUCUCCCUGACAAGGAUUUAAUUUUGAAUUUUUCUUUAUGGCGUGGGAGAGGCCACAGCCCGGACUCCAUCGACUGCCCCGGCUCUUAGACUAAAAUCAUGCCCAAGUUCAAACAACGAAGACGAAAGCUAAAAGCCAAAGCCAAAAGAUUAUUCAAAAACAAAGAAGCCUCCCACUUUCAGUCCAAGCUAAUUACAUCUCCUCCUCCACCACCCUCGCCAGAAAGAGUCGUUAUUUCUUCAGUAGAUAUAUCUCAAAGCAGAAGCUGGCUAAGAUCAUCCUGGAACUUCAAGUUUCCUAACAUCAGAGAUGCAAUAGAACUUUGGACAAAUAGAGUGUGGUCUAUAUACAGCUGGUGCCAGAACUGCAUAACCCAGAGUUUAGAAGUAUUGAAAGACACCAUCUUUCCAUCUCGUAUCUACCAUCGAGAGCUUUACAGUCUAAAACAACAGUUUUGCAUUUUGGAAAGUAAAUUAUGCAAGCUCCAGGAAGCACUGAAGACCAUCUCAGAAAGGUCUUCCUGUCCAAGCUGUGGUCAAACAUGUCACGUGAGUGGUAAACUUACAAAUGUGCCUGCCUGUGUUCUCAUCACCCCUGGAGACUCCAAAGCUGUGCUUCCUCCCACACUGCCACAGCCAGCCAGCCAUCUUCCUCCUCCUCCUCCUCCUCCACCUCCACCUCCACCUCCGCCUCCACCUCCGCCACCUCCUCCACCACCAGUAGCACCUGUGUUGCUCAGAAAACCCGGUCUUGCUAAAGCACUUCAGGCUGGACCAUUAAAAAAAGAUAGACCCAUGCAGAUAACAGUUAAAGAUCUGCUGACUGUGAAAUUAAAGAAGACACAGAGUGUAGAUGAAAGGAGGAAGCUUAUACCAUCGCCGAAAGCACGGAAUCCACUAGUUACUGUCUCUGACUUGCAGCGUGUUACCCUGAAACCUAACUCCAAAGUGUUAUCAACUCGAGUUACAAAUGUCUUAAUUACUCCUGGAAAAAGUCAGAUGGAUCUGCGGAAACUGCUUAGAAAAGUCGAUGUAGAGAGGAGCCCAGGUGGAACUCCUCUUACCAACAAAGAAAAUAUGGAAACAGGAACAGGACUGACUCCAGUGAUGACUCAGGCCUUAAGGAGAAAGUUUCAGCUGGCUCACCCUAGAAGCCCAACUCCAACUCUGCCACUUUCUACAAGCAGCUUUGAUGAACAAAACUGAUGCCAACUCUGCCUGACUCCAUGUGAUGAUCCAUAAAAAAUACAGAUAAAAACACCCAGCCAGGCACAGUGGCUCACAACUGUAAUCCCAGCACUUUGGCAGGCUGAGGUGGGUGGAUCACCUGAGGUUAGGAGUUCGAGACCAGCCUGGCCAACAUGGUGGAAUCCCAUCUCUACUAAAAAUACAAAAAUUAGCUGGGCGUGGUGGUGGGUGCAUAUAAUCCCAGCUAUCCGGGAGGCUGAGGCAGGAGAAUCGCUUGAACCCAGGAGGCAGAGGUUGUAGUGAGCCAAGAUAGCGUCAUUGCAUCCCAACCUGGGCAACAAGAGCGAAACUCCAUCUCGGGAAAAAAAAAAAAAAAACCCAAAUCAUUCUUUUUAAUGUAGUAGGGUGUAUAUAUAUAUAGAUAUACUAAUAUAAUUCCAUUUGGAGAAUUAGAGUAUGUAUGGAGUGCACAUAUACUGUGAUAUAAAGUGGAUACAGAUAUUUGGGUAUUUUCUAGUUUGCAUGAUCAUCAAGAGAACCAGAUGGGAAAAUAUAGUCUCCAAAGUGAUGUUUAUCCUGGAAUUUAAAUUAGAAUAUAGUUUCUAGCAUCUUAAGUAGGUACUUAUAUCUGGCUCACAGAAGUCUGAGGUAUUCCUUAUUUUUAUAUCUGCUGUCCACAUUUAUACAGCUACAUAAAAAUUUUAUGACGACUUCAACAUGAACCUUACAUUUUCGACAAUGCCUUGCCAAGGAUUCUCAAGUCCAUAGCAGGUCACUGUGAGACCUAGUUCCCUGUUGUCACUGACCUAUGUAUUCAAAGACAGUAAUACAGCCUGGGAAACAUAGUGAGACCCCAUCUGUAUCAAAAAUUUAAAAUUAGCCAGGCAUGGUGACGCAUACCUGUAGUCUAAGUGUCCAAGUUACUUGGGAAGCUGAGGUGGAAGGAUCACUUGAGCCCAAGAGUUCGAAGCUAUGGUGAGCUAUGAUUGUUCCACUAUACUCCAGCAUGAGCAACAGAGCAUCUCUAAAACUAAAAGGCAACUCCCCAGAAAGACUGGAUUUCUACAGAUAAAUAUUGCAUUAAGAUGCCAAAUAGAGUGUUGUAAAGUCACCAGACUAGAAAGCAGACCUGGGGGCAAUGUUUAUCACCUAAGAGGCAGUCCUGUUUUUGAGACCCACAUCUUUAUAGAUAUAUGUUUUUUGUUUGUUUGUUUUGUUUUGAGAUGGAGUCUCACUCUGUCACCCAGGCUGGAGUGCAGUGGCGCACUCUUGGCUCACUGCAACCUCCACCUUCCAGUUUCAAG